AUCGGGGGUAAAUUCAAACAAAAGUGUUCCGAGGUCGAUUUAAUAAAGAAAAAGGGAUUUAAUAAUUAUUUAAAUAUCAAAUGAUCUGAAGAGAGGAAAAAGAACAAACAAGAGGGAGCGAAACGAGCAUUGGAGUAGAUUCUCCCCAGAACGAAGCAGAACUGCUCCGGAGCUUGAGAGCUCUGGGAAACAAAGGGAAGAUCCGAAUGCAAGCUCAUCGACCCACGUUCCACCGCUUUGCCGCCCUCUCGAACCGAUGGCGGCACCGGACGUCGUGCAAGUUCCGAGCUUUCUGUAGCUCCUCUUCUUCUUCUUCUUCUUCCUCGGAUUACUCCAACCGGUCUCGCGGUGGGCUCCCUCGCUUCUUCUCCGACGUCCUCCCUCCUUCCGAGGGUGGGGUUGUUCGCGUGCAGGGAGAUGAAUUCUGGCAUAUGACCAAAGUGUUGAGGUUGAGUACCAACGACAGGGUAGAGCUCUUCAAUGGGAAGGGAGGAUUAGUGAGGGGGAACAUUCAGAGCGUUGAUCGGGCUGGAUUGGACUUCGUGGCUCAGGAAGACCCGAAAACGGUCCCUCCUCAGAUGCCGCAGUGGCAUGUAUUUGCUGCUUUUGGAACUCUAAAGGGGGGUCGAGCUGAUUGGCUUGUUGAGAAAUGUACGGAGCUGGGGGCGAGCAGUGUAACUCCUCUGCUGACUGAGCGAUCUCCUUCAGUCUCAGAAAAUAGGGUUGACAGGCUACAACGGCUCAUCUUAGCUGCAUCAAAGCAAUGUCAGCGGCUUCAUGAAAUGGUACUUAAUCCUCCACAAAAAAUCAAUGACAUUCUACCUCAUAUUCAGAAGUCAAAGCUAUCUUUACUCGCUGUUGCAGAAGCUCCUUCUCUUAUGAGUGCAUUGACUUCAAGCAGAAUUGAACCUGAUGGGAUUAUGAUUGUUGGACCUGAAGGAGAUUUUACUGAGAAAGAACUGAGUAAACUGAUGGAAGCAGGUGCUACUGCUGUUGGCCUAGGGCCACAUCGCCUACGGGUAGAAACUGCCACAAUAGCCCUUCUGGCAACGCUCAUGUUAUGGUCUGAUCAUCAUCAAGUGACUAAAGCUUGAUUGCUUGUUCAUGCCAGCAUCUUCCUCCCGCUUGGUGCUUAUAUCACCCAUGUCAAAAGGAUGAAGCACCGAGCAUGUAUGUUGCAGAUGAAGCUCCACUUAUUAAAUCACAUUUUAACUUGUACUCAGGAUCAGUGGAAGAGAAGACUUACUCGGAGAUGCGGCAUUCCAUUUGCAGCUGCACCAGUGAGGUGAUUAGAAUUCAGAUUACUGUUUAGUAGACAUGGAUGAAAGACCGCAGUGUCGUUUAAGAGAUAAUUAGCUGUUCUUUUUUCUUCUUCUUUUCUUUUCUUUUUUCUCCAAGAAAGAAGCCAAUUUGAUGAGGCAGUGAUCUAUCUAGAAAUCUUGAACAAAAGGGGUUAGCAAAGGUCAAAGCUCAGGCCAGUAUUGUCGUCGAUGUUGCUUUUGGCUCAGGGAUGGGGAAAAUUCAAUGUGUUUGACUCUCAGGUUUUGGCAGGCGGAGGAUGUGAAUGCCGGGUGCAUUUGUGGAAAACUAUGAGAGAGCGUGUGGAGUCCAAGUGCCGUUUCCAUUCACGAUGUUGUUGUCCGUAUUUGGUGGGCGGUGGUUUCGAUUAACUGAGGUUGGGUGGUAAUGUAACGUGAUCGUUUUGGUCAGCA